AUGGAAUUGGAUUACUUGAAUGAGGAUUUCGAUCCUAAAGUUGCGAAAGUUGCGCAAUUACGUCGAAUUUUGGUGGAAAAUGACGUGGAACUGUCGCACGGUCUCAAAAAGUCUGAGCUUUGCGAGCUGUUUGAGAAAAGUAUAAGGCCCAAGAGGGAAGAAUUGCUGCGUCACAGCGAUAGCAAGGAUCAUAAAGAUGACAUUGAGCGUGCCACCACGGAUUCCAGCUAUUCGAGAGACAUCUCUUCAGAGGACUCUGCCUUCUCUAAUGUGAACGAUUUUCAGAAAAAGGCCAAGAAAUCCAAGAAAGCGCCCAGGAAGCGUAAGGCAGAGGAGUUCGGUGAUGCAGAUGAGCAAGGCAAUAUUUUGGAAGCUCCAAAAACUAAAAAACGUGGUAAAAAGAGACAGACUACGGUAGUCACUGAGGGAGAAUCUGCAAACAGACAGAUCACAGGUUCGCCUUUAGUGGACAAAGUGCAUUCCAAAAGCCCGGUCAAAACCUCGCCACACAAAUCUCUCGUUAUUGAGAAGUUCGAAUCGUCAUCGUCGUCUUCGCCCUCGUCUUCGCCCGGUCCCUCUUCCCCCAAUGCUGAUAUAUUGGAUUUCUCUCUAAAACGCAGAACCGCAUCGCCGGAUUUCUCGAAAUUAAAGAUCAGCCCUGAGUUUAGAGAGCAGUUAGCAAAAGCCUCCUCUGGAUCGUCGUACGAUACACCUUUAAAAACUAGACCUGCUAGCGUGAAGAAGGAGCCCGUAGAGGCUUCUUUCGAAGACCUGCCUUCUUUUUCAAGUGCAAAGAGCCAUACCAGUGACAAGAAAUCAUCAAGAUCAGCGACCCCUAACAAGGUUCUCUUGGAGAAUGAGAACUCUUCACCAGCGGUAGAACAGUCACCUCAUCAAGAGGACGCAAACGAGUCGGAAACCGCAACUGCAGAAGGAGAUUCGAACGGUGUUGAAACUCAGAAAAAAUCCGAAAUUGGUUCUGUGGAAGAGGACGGCGCGUUUGUUGAGGACGAGACAAUCGAGUCAUCUCAAGCCGAAGACAACGAUGAGUCAAUUUCAUUGGAAACACUCGCGCAAGAGACGAGCGAAGCCAGAAUUCAGACUCCUCAACUGGCCACGAAAGAAGAUGUUGAAGAGCUGGAACAAGAAGCAGAAAAACUAGCGGACCAAGUGGCAGACGAAGAGGCAAACGAACACGCGAAAGAAACUUCCACACAUCAGAAGACACACAAGCGUAGGUCGGUAGUGGCUGGCGUGAAGUGCGGGGCUAGGAAACUUGGAAGCCUGUUGUGGAAACUCACUCUGAAUUUAGUGAUAAUGACUCCGAUUCUCUUCGGACUUUGGUAUCGCGAGCAGAGGAUACAGGUGGGCUACUGUGGUCAUGAGGUUAAUCUACCAACUUUCGAGAACCCUCAUGGCGGGCAAUGGAUAUCUAAGGUGGAGGAAUUUUUGGAACAGCAAAAGCCUGCUUGUUUGCCAUGCCCGGUAAACGCCAUUUGUUACCCUUAUAUGAAAAUCAAGUGUAAACCUGACUAUGCUGUUACUAAGUCCAAAUGGAGUCUACAAGGUCUUUUCCCUGUCAGUGACUACUGCGCAAAAGACUCAAGAAGGGAAAAACUAAUUGCGGAAGUUAUUGACAAAUCAUUAAAGCUUUUGAGAACCAAGAAUGGAAAUGUGAAGUGUGGUGAUAGUCCAGACGAUCUGGAAAGUGGCAUAACGGAGGAGGACUUGUACCGAAUUUUUUACGAAUCCCGGGCUCCUUCAAUCAAUAGUGAAGAAUUUGAAGACCUUUGGUCUCAGGUCGUUGAAGACCUUAAGCAUGAACCUGAUAUUACCUGGAGGCAACGACAAACACUUGAAACUGACUCUUCAGGAGACACCGACGUCGUCGUUGAAACCGAUGACCUUCCGGAACAGGAGGAGCAUCUUCAACACGGCCGCCAAAACGGGAUUUUUCGCUCGACAUCCAAGAGGUACAUCGGUCUCAGAUGCAAGUUCGAAAGAGAAGUUUAUCAGACUUAUCAGAGAUUCAAAUACGUAAUCUGGGCAGUGGUCGGAAUGAUUAUCGCGGUCAAGACAGUGAAGCACAAACUACGUGCGUAUUUCAGAAGACAGGAGAAAAUCGAAGAACUGACUCACCAGGUCGUGGCAAAACUGCAGAAAAGUGCUUCUGACUCCCAGGAGUCUUCGUCACCGGCCUAUCUGAGCGUUGUUCAGCUGAGAGAUGUUCUUCUGAAUGACGUUGUGGAUCUCAAGCUGAAAAACGAAUUGUGGAACUCAGUCGUCAAAAAGCUUGAGAGCAACAAUACCAAUGUGAAUGGCAGACUAAUGGAGGUUCAUGGUGAAAUCAUGAAGUGCUGGGAGUGGGUAGGCCCACUUGGCGACUAA